UAUAACCAACCAAAAAAAAUCUUCAUCACCAUCACAAAAAUAGAAAAAAUUCAAACCCCAAAAUCAAAUUUUUUUUUUUAAGGUGAAUUAAGAUGACAGGUUCUGGUUCUCCUUGUGGUGCUUGCAAGUUCUUGAGGAGAAAAUGUGUGAGAGGUUGUGUUUUUGCACCUUACUUCUGCCAUGAACAAGGUGCUACCCAUUUUGCAGCCAUUCACAAAGUGUUUGGUGCAAGCAAUGUCUCAAAGCUCCUUGCCCAUCUUCCGGUCGGCGACCGCUGCGAAGCGGCCGUCACAAUUUCGUAUGAAGCUCAGGCAAGGCUUCAAGAUCCUAUCUAUGGCUGUGUCUCUCAUAUAUUUGCCCUUCAGCAACAGGUGGUGAAUUUACAAGCACAGCUAGCAUAUCUAAAGGAACAAGCAGCACAACAAAGUUGUGUGAAUGGUGGAAACCCUAAUAAUGAGAGAUACUUUGAUAAACCUAAUAUUGCUGAUAACAACAACAAUAAUUUCAUUACUCCUCAAGAUCUUCAAAGUUGGUUGUUCAAUAUGGAAAAUUCUUCAUCUUCAAACUUGGGUGGCCUUGAAUCUCUUCAUCCAAAUUUGUGCAACAACAAUGAUUCUUCUUAUAAUGGUAUUAGUGAUGGAAACAACAACAACAACAAUGUUAAUAAUUCCAUGAUGAUGAUGAUGGAUCUAAAGCCAAUUAAUAAUAAUGGGAGUUACUAUGAAAAUUCAAACUCAUUCUCUAGCUUUGAAGAGAGUUCUUCAAACUCCAUGUCCUAUGAGAUGGAAACAAAUGGUGGGACAAAAUGGUCUUUUCAUGAAGUUGAUGAUCUUCAUUCAGUGGCCUUUGGUUACAGAAGAUAAAUGAAUAUAUUGGUGAAGAUCUUGAAGACUUUAUCAUCAUAUCAAUUUUGAUGAAUAUUGCUUAUUAUUAUUUUGAAGCAUGCACUACUACUC